AGAACACACUAAUGCCUAUAAAUUGCUACAUGCAACAACAUAUAUACCAUAACACAUCACAAAACUCACAAUAACAAUAUCUGCAGAAUCAAAGAAUGGCUUAUGUGAGGCUUGCUCCUUUGGCUCUCUUCCUGCUUGCCACUUCCAUAAUGUUUCCGAUGAAGAAGAUAGAAGCAGUUGUCUGCUCAGGUCCUUGUUCACCGUUCCAGAUGCCACCGUGUGGGUCCGGUGACUGUCGGUGUAUCCCUAUGGGACUAUUUGUUGGUUUCUGCACUAAUCCAAGUGGAUUUUCUUCUGUGGCAAAGAUGAUAGAAGAACACCCCAACUUAUGUCAAUCUGAUGAUGAAUGCGUGAAGAAAGGAAGUGGAAAUUUCUGUGCUCGUUAUCCCAAUAACUACAUCGAUUAUGGUUGGUGUUUUCAUUCUGAUUCUAAAGCACUUCAAGGCUUCUUGGCCAUGCCUGCAACAAUCACCAAGUAAUAUGUGUAUGCCUACUGUUAGUAAAAGCUUUUGAUGAAUCUACUUCUGUAGAAAAAAAAAAGAGUGAUCUUUCCAACUCGUAGUUGGUGGCUGUAGACUCCUGGAAUAUGAGUUAAUAAACAAAAAGGUUCUGAUGUUUU